AUGACGGAGGGCCGUCGAUGUCAAGUACAUCUCCUUGAUGACAGGAAGCUGGAACUCCUAGUACAGCCCAAGCUUUUGGCCAAGGAGCUUCUUGACCUCGUGGCAUCUCACUUCAACCUGAAGGAAAAGGAAUACUUUGGAAUAGCAUUCACAGAUGAGACGGGACACUUAAACUGGCUUCAACUAGAUCGAAGAGUAUUGGAACAUGACUUCCCUAAAAAGUCAGGACCAGUGGUUUUAUACUUUUGUGUCAGGUUCUACAUAGAGAGCAUUUCGUACCUGAAGGAUAACGCUACCAUCGAGCUCUUCUUCCUCAAUGCUAAGUCCUGUAUCUACAAGGAGCUUAUUGAUGUUGACAGUGAAGUGGUGUUUGAAUUAGCUUCCUAUAUUUUACAGGUAAGUCAAGGGUUCAGAUCCUCCAAUGAAGUCGUGAGGAGCGACCUGAAGAAGCUUCCAGCCCUUCCCACCCAAGCCCUGAAGGAGCACCCGUCCCUGGCCUACUGUGAAGACAGAGUCAUUGAGCACUACAAGAAACUGAAUGGCCAGACCAGAGGUCAAGCAAUCGUGAACUACAUGAGCAUCGUGGAGUCUCUCCCAACCUAUGGGGUUCACUAUUAUGCAGUGAAGGACAAGCAGGGGAUACCGUGGUGGCUGGGGCUGAGCUACAAAGGAAUCUUCCAGUAUGACUACCACGAUAAAGUGAAGCCAAGGAAGAUAUUCCAGUGGAGACAGCUGGAGAACCUGUACUUCAGGGAAAAGAAGUUUUCUGUGGAAGUUCAUGACCCACGCAGGGCUUCAGUGACAAGGAGGACGUUCGGGCACAGUGGCAUCGCAGUGCACACGUGGUACGCGUGUCCAGCAUUAAUCAAGUCCAUCUGGGCUAUGGCCAUUAGCCAACACCAGUUCUAUCUGGACAGAAAGCAGAGUAAGUCCAAAAUCCAUGCGGCUCGGAGUCUGAGCGAGAUUGCCAUUGACCUGACUGAGACGGGGACGCUGAAGACCUCGAAGCUGGCCAACAUGGGCAGCAAAGGGAAGCUCAUCAGUGGCAGCAGCGGCAGCCUGCUGUCCUCAGGUUCUCAGGAAUCAGAUAGCUCUCAGUCAGCCAAGAAAGACAUGCUGGCCGCCUUGAAAUCCCGGCAGGAAGCUCUGGAAGAAGCUCUGCGCCAGAGGCUGGAGGAAUUGAAGAAACUCUGUCUCCGAGAAGCUGAGCUCACGGGCAAACUGCCAGUUGAAUAUCCUCUGGAUCCAGGGGAGGAGCCCCCCAUUGUUCGGAGAAGAAUAGGGACAGCCUUCAAGCUGGAUGAGCAGAAAAUCCUGCCCAAAGGAGAGGAAGCCGAGCUGGAACGCCUGGAACGGGAGUUUGCCAUUCAGUCCCAGAUUACGGAGGCUGCCCGCCGCCUAGCCAGUGACCCCAACGUCAGCAAAAAACUGAAGAAACAAAGGAAAACCUCUUAUCUGAACGCACUGAAGAAGCUGCAGGAGAUUGAAAAUGCGAUCAACGAGAACCGCAUCAAGUCUGGGAAGAAACCCACCCAGAGGGCUUCGCUGAUCAUAGACGAUGGAAAUAUUGCAAGUGAAGACAGCUCCCUCUCAGAUGCCCUCGUCCUUGAGGACGAAGACUCUCAGGUUACCAGCACAAUAUCCCCCCUACAGUCUCCUCAUAAGGGACUCCCUCCUCGGCCACCAUCGCACAACAGGCCACCACCUCCCCAGUCCCUGGAGGGACUCAGGCAGAUGCACUGUCACCGCAAUGACUAUGACAAGUCACCCAUAAAGCCCAAAAUGUGGAGUGAGUCUUCCUUAGAUGAGCCUUACGAGAAGGUCAAGAAACGUUCCUCUCACAGUCAUUCCAGUAGCCACAAGCGCUUCCCCAGCACUGGAAGCUGUGCUGAGGCAGGAGGAGGAAGCAGCUCCUUGCAGAACAGCCCCAUCCGCAGCCUUCCUCACUGGAACUCCCAGUCCAGCAUGCCGUCCACACCAGACCUACGGGUCCGGAGUCCCCACUACGUCCAUUCCACGAGGUCGGUGGACAUCAGCCCCACGCGACUGCACAGCCUCGCCCUGCACUUUAGGCACCGGAGCUCCAGCUUGGAGUCCCAGGGCAAGCUCCUGGGCUCGGAGAACGACACAGGGAGCCCCGACUUCUACACCCCGCGGACUCGUAGCAGCAACGGCUCGGACCCCAUGGACGACUGCUCGUCGUGCCCCAGCCACUCGAGCUCGGAGCACUACUACCCGGCGCAGAUGAACGCCAACUACUCGACGCUGGCCGAGGACUCGCCGUCCAAGGCGCGCCAGCGGGAGCGGGGCGACGCGGGCCGCCUGACGCCGUCGCGCUCGCAGAUCCUGCGGACUCCGUCGCUGGGCCGCGAGGGCUCCCACGACAAGGGCGCGGGCCGCGCCGCUGUCUCGGACGAGCUGCGCCAGUGGUACCAGCGCUCCACCGCCUCGCACAAGGAGCACAGUCGCCUGUCGCACACCAGCUCCACCUCCUCGGACAGCGGCUCUCAGUACAGCACCUCCUCCCAGAGCACCUUCGUGGCGCACAGCAGGGUCACCAGGAUGCCCCAGAUGUGCAAGGCCACGUCAGCUGCCUUACCUCAAAGCCAGAGAAGCUCAACACCGUCGAGUGAAAUUGGAGCCACCCCCCCAAGCAGUCCCCACCACAUCCUGACCUGGCAGACUGGGAGCUACAGUGACAGCUGUUUCCUGGAUUCCUCCCUCUAUCCAGAACUAGCUGAUGUCCAGUGGUACGGGCAGGAAAAGGCCAAGCCCGGGACCCUCGUGUGAGCCAGCCCGGCCCAAUCCAACCGCCUCAACGCCAUUCUGAGAUCACCUCACUGCCUCUCAUUUGCCUUACCCAGACGCACUGUCACCUGCACCAGCUUCGGCCCUCAGCACUUUUUUCCUCCCGUCUCCGCAUCCCCUCACCCUUAAAAACCUGACUGAGGAGACACUCUGGAAGGUUCCGGUCCCACUGUGUGUCCCCUGGCUCUCUUGCCCACGGAGAACCAGACACCAAUCCUCGAUGGCACCUUGGUGGCUUCCCCCUGUCAUGACAGCUCCCCAGGCCAGGAACCGUCAGGGAAGCUGCUGGCCUCAAAUUCCUGCAGACAAGUAGCAUUGGUAGAGUACAGAACAGGGGACUUAAGUACAGGGUGAUCCAGAAGGACUCUUCAGCUGUGUCCAGCCUGCCACCUGUAGGCCAACCAAGCUCUUCAUGAAGAGGACACCUGGGGGGAUAUUCAGUUCACACCUGAAAUAGCCCUUAAUGAGACAGCUGGGGAGGGGGGAGUGGCCGUGGUGGGAGGGGAGGGUGAAAAGCAAGACCCAUCAGAGGAUCACAAUCAGUUCUAUGCUGCCAAAGAUUAAAUAAAUAAAAUAAAAACACACAAAAAAAACAGGAGGGGUCACGAGGAAGACAUUCUUUCUGCAAUGAAGUUCCUUUUCAAUUCUAAACUGCUAAUUACACAUCACAAGUGAAAGUCACCCAUGUGUUAAUUGUGUCCUCUCUCCCUUGACGGCCCCCUUCCCUCUCGGUAGAGAGUCCGAAGGACUGACCAAUGUGAUGGUAAAGACAAGGGAGGCUUGGCUGGCACAGUGACUCAGAACCUCCACCAACCUGGACAUGAAGGAAGAGAGACCGUGGGGAGGAGCAGAGUGUACGCUUAGCCCUGUUCUGUGAGGGUGACUCAGCCCAAGCCCCAGACACAGUGCUGCUUUCCUUUCUGGAUUUGUAAGGUGAUAAUUGCCAAAAGUGGUUCUCUCUCAUUAAAACGACCAGUAAAAGUGUAUCCUAUUUUUUGCACAAGGUGUUUCAUUUUCUUUUUAAUGGGAAACCAAGGGAAAAAGCACAUGGCGGCCCAUUCAAGUGUUUGACUUUGUGGCUCAUUUUAUGUUUGUUAGCACUUGUGUGACAAAGAGCUCACAUCCGACUUCUCCUGCGUGUCACUUGUUCAAAGGACCCAACUAUGCCCUUAGGUAAAAAGAUUUUACUCAGUGUCUACUAGCCGUCAGGCAGAGCAGGGUUGAAAAAAAUAUGAGCUCCCAAAGGGCCCAGACACCUACAACAUUAUCAGUCACCUUGAUGCACCACAUUUGUCUGCAGAUACCAAAAGAGGAAGAAAGAAGGAAGAAAAAAAUAACACGUGGGGGAGCUGCACGUUUACAUGUGUUUUGAGCUGUGCUUGAUACACAACUGGAAAGCCAUCAAUCUUCAAAGGCCUCAAAAAUACUUUUGUAGUAACUAACAAGUGCACAAUCUUAGUUGGUUAUUCAUGAUGGCACAAAAAGGCCUCCACAGAGGUGGUAUGCUGUGCUUGUUGGCGCAAGUGGGGGGGCGGGUUCUCACCUGUGAUGACUUCCUAUUGGAAAGGCAUUUGACAGCCAGGGACAGGAGUUGGGGUGGGGGUGGUUUUAUGGGAAGGCAAAACUGAAAUUAGCUUUAGCAUAAAAAGAAAAAUCUUUGUUUCUCAAGUAUGUGUAAUCUAAGAGUAACAAUAGACUCUACCAGACCAGGAGGGUAAGAAUGAACACUAAAAUGAAGUAAAUACCCACGGUGUUCCCUCUGCUGCAGCCUGGAAAGCACUGGAAGGAGCUGAGCCGGAGCAUGCACACCUGGCUGGGACCAGGUGGGCCACGGCUGCCUCUGUCACCUCUCUAUGAACGAUUCAGGGUCUACUUUCCCCGCUCUGUGCACAGUUGGGCUGGUGGCUCCAGCUUGCAGGAGGGAUUAAUAUUUCCAGAACAUUUUAGGGAUAAACUUGCAGGAUAAAUAGAAACUGGUUAUGAUGUUACUAAUUGAUUCUAAGGAUUGAUUGAUUUUGUUGCCUUAUUUUGAUGGUCAGAGCUACAGUUUUUCUCCUUCCCCAUUCGGAAACAUUAUACAUGUGCCAUUUUGAUUUCUCCCAAAAGAAGAUACAUGAAUAAUCAGACGGAACUAUGUGCAACAGGAACAGUCAAAAGGGAAAUAGAAAAGGUGACGAGGUUACACGGUUACAGGUUAUACAACAAGUAUAAUAGUUUGAAUUCAAGUCUAAAGUAAAUCGGAUCAAGCUUGUAGCCCGGUUGGGUUACAAGAAAUGAGAGGCGGAAAUUCUUUCUAAACAUGGGUUACAUUUUAGAUUCGGGGGGCAGAAGAGAAUGGAGUGGAAACAGGAAUUACAGUUCCAGCAAGCAUCAUGAUAGUCUGGUAGUAAAGACAGAUUAAGUAAAACAGGUUUUACUGUUUAGCUGUGUUCAAUUAAUACAAAAUGUACAUAAAGUGUUAGUCCUGAGACUGACAUGAUUAAUGAUCAGUGUGGUGGGAAACGAUGUAGUUAUUGUAUACAAGCACUUGCAAACUCUUUAUAUAUCCCUAUUUCUUUAAAACAAAAUAAGAUGAACUAUGAAGCCCCUGGUCUAAUAUAAAACCCUACUGGAUUCUUUGGAUGUGUAUAAGAAACUGCCAGUUUAAGCCAGGAGACUGGUGAAAACACAUACAUCAGACUAUGUUGCGAGCCAGUUUGAUUUUUUUAUUUUAUAAUAUGCAGGUGAGUGUUGAAACUUCAAAUUCCAAUUUGUUUUCAUUCAGUAUUAGUUUAGUUCUAAAUAUAGCAAACCCCAUCCAGGUGCUAUCAGACGACCAGUUACUGCUUAGUUAACUACGUGUAAAGUUUUACAUAUACAUUAAUGUCAAUAGUUUAUUACAAGUUGUGUAAAAUGGACUCUAAUACUGGGGGAAAAAGAUUAGGUUGCUCCUGAAACUGACUGUAGAGCAUGUAAAAUGAUUUUACUGGAUUCUGUUCAACUGUAAUCAAUGAAAAAGAUGUAUGUUGUAGACAAAGUUGCAGAAUUAAAAAGAAAUCUGCUUUUAAUUUAUUCUUUUUGUAUUAAGAAUUUGUAUAAUACCUUUACAUUUUGCAAAACAGUGUUGUCAACACUUAUUAAAGCAUUUUCAAAAUGAAAAGA